AAUGGCAUCCAAAAGGCGAAGGUUCGUUUGUAUUUGGUUGGUGAGUCGAAUGUCGUCCUAACUUAGCAAGAGAUUAGUUUGUUUAAGUUCCAGACGCAGACCCCUGGAAAUCCAGCAUAACGUCGAAAUACAUUCCUCUCCAUGUAGCAUGUUGUAAUCAUUUACUUGUAUUCAGCAAAUAUGGUGGAGCCAGUUGCACAUUCAUUUGCAUCUCUAGAGGAGGAGCUGGGGUUCUGGAAAGAGCAGGCUCAGAGACAUCAGCAAAGGGCAGAGGAGUCUCAGGAAGAGCUGCAGGAAUUCCAGCAGAUGAGUCGAGAUUAUGAAGCAGAACUGGAAGCAGAGCUGAAGCAGUGUGAGGGUCGAAACAAAGACCUGCUGCUGGAUAACAAUCGACUGCGGCUAGAACUGGAAAGUAUAAAGGAGAAAUUUGAGGCCCAGCAUUCUGACGCUCUGAGGCACAUCUCAACGCUGGAAGGAGAACUGGCAGAGACCACAGCAGUUAGAGAUCAUCUACAGAAGUAUAUCAGGGAGUUGGAGCAGUCAAAUGAUGACCUAGAGAGGACUAAGAGGGCUACCAUCAUGUCUCUGGAGGACUUUGAGCAACGGAUGAACCAGGUCAUUGAGAGAAACGCCUUCCUGGAAAGUGAGCUGGAUGAGAAAGAGAACCUGCUCGAAUCUGUUCAGAGACUCAAGGACGAAGCACGAGACCUUCGCCAGGAGCUGGCUGUACGACAGAAGGAGAGACGACCAUCUAGCAGCCUGGGCAAGGAUGCAGAUCGUCCAGAUCUGCCGUGCUCCUCUUCGGUGAACACAUCUAUCCCCGUCACACCCUCCAAACCGAUCAGCUCCUACAUGACGCCUCCAAACUCCAGUAUCCGGCGAGGUGAUGGUCUAACAGGGACUCCUCUCACUACAUCUGCUAGAAUAUCUGCACUAAAUAUUGUGGGGGAGCUGCUGAGAAAAGUUGGGAAUUUGGAGUCGAAGUUAGCAUCUUGUCGAGACUUUGUAUACGACACCACUGUGAGUAGACCAGCGCUCCUACCUGGGUCUGGUAGUCCUCCAAGUUCAGAAGCUGGUCCUGAGGUCCAAGCCAGCAGUUUUAGCCCUCCUCAGUAUGACAGUUUGGUGAAGAGGUUAGAGUUUGGACCAGCUCCUCCAAGAGGGCUCUCACAGGGUCCCCACUCUCCUCAGGGAGGGGUCAAGAUCCUGCUAUAAGAGGAGAAAAAUGUGGACUGGCGGCCUGUCGACGGUGUACCCAGCCUUGUACCUGGUAGCUGGUGGGAUAGUGACCCUGCACUGGAAUAAGCAAGUAUAGAAAAUGGAUGGGAGGCAUUUUACGAUUAGAUUGGCAGAAUUGUGAGUCACAGCUGAUCAGUUUUGAGACACAAUGACAAUUAUCCAAAGCAACAGGGACACUUUGAGAAAUCAGUGACAAAAUAUACAACUGUCUGAUGCAAAAGUGAAAAAUCUAUGUUCCCCCCCGUCCCUUCCAGUGUUUACUUGUUUUAUAUGUUAGUAAUAAUUCACUUGAAGCGUUCUGGUUAGUGUGUACUGCAGGUAAGACUGACUGCUCAUCAAUACCUCUCAACCUAACUUGAAAAAAAAAUCCCUUUACUAACAUACUGAUGUUGGUUGUCUGCUUUUUUUUUUGUUUAUUUUUUCUUAAUAAGGGAAAGUAUAUUUCCUUCUGAGUAUCUGUUUCCUGCCAGACUUGUCUCAGAUUCGUUUUUUUUUCUUGUAUGCAGAAAUGAUCAAUGUGACAAGUAGUUUUAAGAUUUCUGCCUCAGAGAUGAGAUCUGUCAUGCUGUAGAUUUAUGAUCUAGUCUUUGAGGAACCUUUUUUUUUUAAAAUAAGUUUUCUAAUUUUUUUUAGCUAAUAAAUUUAGAUGGGCACUAUUGAAUGUAUACAAGUAAUUCUCUUAUAGGUUUGGGAAAUCCACUCUGCCAUCAAGGGUUACAUGAACGUUUGGGAGAAGACAUGAAGCAAUAAUAGAUUUAAACAUGUUAAAAGAUAAGCACAGUUAAUAUCUGCAGAUAUGUAGAGCCUGUAUUGAAUACAUUGCUCCUGCUUUGUUUUUUUAUUUUUUUUUUUAUGGAGUUAUAGUGAAUCUGGUGCAAUAGCCGGGUGUUUCCUGGAAAUAUUUUCUGGUUAACCCGAAAUUGCCAUAACUGCCAUCCAUCAGCUCAUUCAGCAGAUGGUACUGUUACGUUUUCACACUGUAGCCAGAGUAUAGGGACUAAAUCUUGACAUGAGAACUGAAGUUGUAUUUGCUGUUUAGUCUCUUUUGGGCAAAGAGGAGCUAACUAAUUGUAAUACUUGACCUCUGUGUUCUGGGUGUUUGUGUUCAGCGCCUCCUCAACUGCUUCUGUACGUGCCUGAGGUAUUAUACCUGUCCGUUAUCCUGCUGGUUUGCAGUUGUUUUCCUAUUGUUCUGAAGAAGUCACAAAAUUGUGAAUCAAUUCAGUUACUGAACAAGAAAGAAAUUAAAAGGAAAAAGUCCA